CAUAAUUAUGACAGCAGACAAAAUGGACCUGCGGAAGAAACUGGAUCAGGUACUAGAACCCAAACCGAUUAUGAUUUUCGCCUCCGAGCAGAAAAGUGUGACUUCUAUAUGCAGCAAGUACGGUACCUUGGGUUCAUAAUAGAUGAGGACGGAAGACGACCAGAUCCAUAAAACAUUGAAGCUGUAAGAACAAUCCCUAGACCCGAGGACAUCACUACUCUACGAACGUUCUUAGGAUUGGUCAGCCGUUAUGGUACUUUCCUCUCCGAUAUGCAUCGUCUACUUUCUCCACUAAACCACCUACUAGAAAAGAAAACAAGAUGGAAUUGGUCUGCAGACUGUCAAGCAUCUUUCGAGAAAAUAAAGCAACUCCUAACUUCUAAUCUCUUAUUCUUACAUUAUAAUCCUUCGCUACCGAUAGUCGUUGCUUCAGAUGCUUCUAACUAUGGUGUGGGCGCAGCCAUCUCUCACGUUUUUCCUAAUGGGUCCGAAAAAGCUAUCUCCCACGCUUCCAGAUCUUUGACAACGACCAAAAAGAACUACAGUCAAAUUGAGAAAGAGACCCUACCGAUUAUAUUUACAGUGAAAAAGUUCCACAACAUGUUAUAUCGCCGACAUCUUACCCUAAUGACAGACCAUAAGCCACCACUUGCAGUUUUCGGGUCAAAGAAAGGGAUUCCUGUUCACACAGCUAACCGACUCCAACGAUGGGCAACCACACUUGUGGGUACGAUGUAGCGGUAAAUAAAUCCCCAAA